AUGGAUCGCAAGGUUCAACGCGCAUACCCGGCCCUGUCAGCGACUCCACUCGUGAAAAGCAAAGCCCCUUCUCCACCGAUCAGAGCCAUCCCCAAGUCCGGCCAUUCUCCAUCACCAGCUAUUAGAUCCCAACACAACACCGGCGCUCAAAUCCCCAGCACCAGCGUCCCGUCCAGCCUCUCCAAGUCUGGCCAUUCACCUCCCCACGGACUUGGUGCAUACACUACAACAUCAGUUGUCGUUGCUGGGGUUAUUGGCUAUGCAUACAUAAAGUGGAAGGGCUGGAAACUUUCCGACAUGAUGUUUGUGACAAAGCAUGGUUUAUCUGAUGCUUGCAACGUUGUUGGCAGCCAAUUGGAUCAAGUUUCAGACAGUGUUAUUGUCACAAGGAAACACCUAGCUGGGAGGAUUGAUCGUGUGGAUAUUAGUUUAGAUGAAACCCAGCAGAUUAUUGAAGGCACAAGGGAUGAGGUCGCAGUCAUCCAUGGGGAUCUAAGUGCAUUCCAGGAGGAUUUACAAUCGGUUAAUUUUGUAGUUCAAGGUCUGGAGUCAAAGCUGAGGCGUCUUGAAUGUGCUCAGGAUCAAACGGUAGACGGAACACAUCAUUUGUGUGAGUUCAGCCGAAAAAUGGGCGGUGGACAUAAUACAUAUGUUCUUCAGGUGCCAUCAUCCAUUCCUGCAGAGCGAAUCUUGAGGGCUACUUGUUUGCCUCGUCCUGCUCCUCGUCUAGCUCUGGAACCAGUGUCACCUGUACCUGAAUGGCCUAGAGCAGAGACAUCACAGGUUUCACCAGCAGCUGAAUCGCCUAGAGCAGAGGCAUCGCAGGAGCAGCAGGGUGUUGUCAGCCGAACAUCGUCGACAAGGGAAGGAUCAUCUGAGGCAUCACAUGUCGCCUCUUCCUCGACCGAAGCUAGCAUGAGCACACGUAACCCGAGCUCGAGCCGAUUUGGUUUUCUUAGGGCUUCUGCCUGUUGAUUAGAUGCCUUUUCCUUGCAGUUAGGUUGUGAGUCCCUUUUGUCCACAAAUGCCGUUUGUAGAAACGAAUGUCUCUGUAUCUAUCAUCCCAUCCAGGGCGAUGGCAACAUUUGUCAAAGAUUUGCAUUGGCAGUUCACUGAAGAGAUUCCUUAUGUUUGUGAGGAAAA